AGCUCUUAAAGCGACAGCAAUAAAAGCCGGUGUACACUUUUUAAAUAUCUUUGCAAUAUAUUUUCUAGUGGAUGAAUGUAGAAUGUACAUCGGAUUCUUACAAUAUGCCUGGUGCCUUUCAGCAAUUCUCCCUUUAUGUCGGACUUGACGCACCACCAGACAGUGCACUGUGCGCGCAACCUUCGCUCUGUGUAGUCGCGCGCAACAGAUGAGAACAUGCAAGGGCGCCAAAUAGGAAGAACGUCGAACGUUCUGCAGCUAGCUACGUGCUGAUCAAAUUCACAGCAUAGUAAACAAACCAUACCAAAAGCCAGGUAGCUAGCUAAAUACUGUAAGGUACUGAACUUUAAUUUUACUUAUGAGGGAGCUUGAUCACCAGUUACUUUUCCUGGAACUUCGAGGCAGGACCAGAAAUCGCUUGGACUAGUGGAAACUUGCUGAACAAGCCAAGCCAUGGACCAGGGUGGUGGUGUGGCGGUGUGGCCUCGCAUGGAGCCCUUCCUCUUGGGGGCUCUGCAGGUGGCACCCCCUACCAAACUCAGCCUGCACUACCUGCGCAAGAUGGCUGCCUACGUGCACUCGCGAGAGGGCUGCUUCCCCAUGCUAGGCUGGCUCAUGUGGAGGCACAUUGCCUGUGGCAAGCUGCAGCUCCCUGAGGACCUGGCCUGGCUCUACUUUGAGACCUUUGACCUGCUGGCUGGUCACCCUGCAGAGGAGAGGCUGGAGUGGGCUGAGAACCUGUCCCAGUGCUCCUCCCCCAGAGAGCUGGACCGCCAGAGGAGCAAGUUGUGUGUGGACACGCUGCAGUUCCUCCUCUUCCUCUACAUUCAGCAGCUGAACCGGGUGUCUCUGCGUACGUCUCUGAUUGGUGAAGAGUGGCCAAGCCCCCGCUCUCGCUCCCCCUCCUCGGACCGCGAGGCAAAGACCAGCUCUCAAAACAAGAACUGGGACGACCAGGCCCACCUGUCCUUCCUCCAGACCCACCUGUGUGAGCUGCUGGAGCUGCUAGUAGAACCAGGCCAGCUGUCAGGGUCCGGCCAAGCCGUGAAGGACAGCCAGGUCUCUCUGGAGGCUCUACAGGGCCUCAGCCUGCUGCUGGAGGGCUCAGUGUCCCGCGGCCGGACCGUCCACCCCAUCCACAAACUGCUCUCCAGAGCCCCACUCCAGGCCCAAGCAGGGUACUCCAAACUCAGCCGCUCCUUCUCCCUGCACCCCCUGCUGGCAUGGCUCAGACAGGCCCUCGUCCCCAACCCCUUUGGGAUGUCAACCUGCCUGAGGUCUGGGAAGAAGCUGGCCUGGGCUCAGCAAGUGGAGGGAGCCAUGAAGAGAGCUAAGAUUGCCCGGAACACCCACACGGCCCCCCCAGGCAGCAAGAUGGUGCUGAUGUCACAGGUGUUCAGACAGACCUUGGCCAAGGACUCAGACAAGCUAGCAGGAGCUAACGUCAAAAUACACCGCUGCAGUGACGCCUUUAUCUACCUCCUCUCUCCACUCAGGUCAGUGAGCCUGGACAAGUGUCGUAACAGCACGGUAGUCCUGGGUCCCAUCGAGACCAGUAUCCACAUCCAGAGCUGUGAGAACGUCAAGGUGGUGUGUGUGGCUGGCCGUCUAGCCAUAGGGUCCUCCUCCUACUGUACCAUCCAUGCCCUCACCCCCACCCGGCCUCUACUGCUCCCUGGGAACACUGCACUCACCCUGGGGCCCUUCCACACACAUUACCCCUCCCUGGAGGAUCACAUGGCCAGUGUGGGUCUAGCUGUGGUGCCCAAUGCCUGGGACCAGCCCUUACUGGUGGGAGUGGAGGGUACCAUCCCAGACCCUGGAUCCUACAGGCUGCUGCCGCCGGCUGAGUUCUGCCCCCUUGUGGUGCCCUUCAGGAUGGAGGGGGAUACGUGUGAGGUGCCAGGUGGGCUGCCAUCGCUGUACCAGAAGGCCCAUGAGGAGAGGGAGAAGAGUGUACAGGACUGGCAGAAGAUGGUGAAGGAUGCCCACUUGAACAAGGAGCAGCGGCGUCAGUUCCAGGCCCUGGUGGAGCAGAAGUUCCAUGAAUGGCUGUUGGAGUCGGGACACAGGCAGGAGCUUGAUAGCCUUAUCCCCCCCUGCAUCGCAUCCCAGGACCCCUCGGACAGCGACAGCCUGGAGGCCAGGACCAAUGACACCAGACAGGAAGGGACAUCUAUACGGGAAGUGGGACAUACCCUUCUGCCUUGCUGACUUUUUGGGUUCUUGUUGAUGGAGAUCCCCAUACAAAGCUCUUGCCUUUGCCUCUCAGUCAGCGUUUUGCCUCACAGCCACUAGCACUUCUAAUCCCUUUGUUUGCCUGCUGUCUGUCCACAGUUCCAAGCAGGAUCUGAUCUGAGGAUCAGUAGACUACAGAAGGAGGAUGGUCUGGUAUAGACGACUGGCUUUGUUCCCCUUCAUCCAGCUGAGACUGUUGCGUCCCGAUUCUCUACCCUUCUCCUGAAGUGUGUACUUGUACACUCCCUCUCAUGUAUUUUACAACGGUGUGGAUGUGCAGGGUAGAGAAUCAGUACAGAGCCAGUGGUCCUAGAGCACUUGGGGUACAAUAACAUGGUACCUAUUGUUAGCCACACUGGUUAGAUCUGUGUAGUGUGGUACCUCUGUAGUGGGUACUGUACUAUUGAAAUAAUAGGGAAUCAGGUUGUGCUGUUAAUCCAGAGAUUUACCUUGUCCAGUAUGUAGAAGAAAUGAAUUAAUGUAUUCAUGUGAUUGUACAGUAUGUAUGAUAUUACGUCUUAAUAUCCCUUUUCUGGUAGCAUAGGAGAGAGGGGUGUGAUGAAUUUAAAGGUCUGCCUCUUCAACAAAUUCCAAUGAAUGUAGUACCUUCCUAGCCUGAGUGCCAAUCUAUUGUGCUAUCAUGUCAACUCCUUAAUACUGUUUCAAAAUGUUUGGCUUGACAAUGAUCAAUGGAGAUGGCAAGAGCACAAACAGAUGUGGGACCAGGCUAGUACUUCCCUGGGAUGGGUAUUUGAAGCCUUUAGACUUUAGACAACACGCACCUCUAAGAGGAUGGAUGACAGGGCACAUUAGUGUAAUGAGAAUAGAAACAUGCCUUUGAGGGAGCAGUUCUAUUCCAUUAUAUGGGUCAAGGGACAGUGGACCUUAAGCAAAGAUCUGUGUACUGUUAAAAUUAGCCUAGUAUGCGCCAGAGGAUGCUGAUGUGCUAGGUAACCUAAGUCUAUCCCUUCUUUGUUAGUCCUCUCCCUUCAGUGUGUAGAAGGAUGGAUGAUAUUGUGGUUAUUAUGCCUUACUGCUGUAGCUUAGUUCUCAGUGACUUGCCUUUCAAUUCAAUUGCACUAUGCUUCCCUACCUACACAAUUACAAUGGAAUUCAUUUACAAUGGUUUCUAAGAGCACAAUUUUGUUUAGUUCUCAGGUGUUCUUUAGACAUCAAUAAACUAUUUGUUUUUUGCCUUGA